AUGUCUGCAUCUCUGAAAGGCUCUAAUAGCUCCAAAUUCCAGGUCUCUGAGUUCAUCCUGAUGGGAUUCCCAGGCAUUCAUAGCUGGCAACACUGGCUCUCCUUUCCAUUGGCAAUACUCUACCUCUCUGCAAUUGGUGCUAACAUCCUCAUCCUCAUCACCAUUUGCCAGGACCCUACCCUUCAGCAGCCUAUGUACUAUUUUCUAAGCAUUCUGUCUGUGGUGGACAUGGGCCUGGCCACCACCAUCAUGCCCAAGAUCUUGGCCAUCUUCUGGUUUGAUGCCAAGGUCAUCAGCCUCCCUGAGUGCUUUGCUCAGAUUUAUGCCAUUCACUGCUUUGUUGGCAUGGAGUCUGGUAUCUUCCUCUGUAUGGCUUUUGACAGAUAUGUAGCAAUUUGUCAUCCUCUUCGCUACCCAUCAAUUGUCACCAAUGCCUUAAUCUUAAAAGCUACGGUGUUCAUGGUACUUAGAAAUGGCUUGUUUGUCAUUCCGGUGCCUGUGCUUGCAGCCCAGCGUAAUUAUUGCUCCAGGAAUGAGAUUGAGCAUUGCCUGUGCUCUAACCUUGGGGUCACUAGCCUGGCUUGUGAUGACAGGAGGCCAAACAGCAUCUGCCAGUUGAUUCUGGCAUGGAUUGGAAUGGGGAGUGACCUAGGUCUCAUAAUAUUGUCAUACACUUUGAUUCUGCGCUCUGUGCUUAGACUGAACUCAGCUGAAGCUGCAGCCAAAGCUCUGAGCACUUGUAGCUCCCAUCUGAUCCUUAUUCUAUUCUUCUACACAGUUGUUGUUGUGGUUUCAGUAACUCACCUGGCAGAACCCAAAGCUCCUUUGAUUCCAGUUCUACUCAACGUGCUGCACAACAUCAUCCCCCCUUCCCUCAACCCUAUAGUUUAUGCACUUAGGACUAAAGAACUCAGGGCAAGCUUCCAAAAGGUGUUUUGUUUGAGCCUAGAAAAGAACACAAGGCACCAAAGACCUUCUGCGUGA